CAUUUUCAUCGUAAACGGAAGGAAGAGACCCUGAAACAAAAGAAGAGAAAAACUCGAACACAAUACUCUCUCUCAGAUCCAAAUCUCUCCUCUCUCUCUCUACACUUUCUAACCCAGAUCUCUCCGGUAACGUAUUCGGAUCUCGGAUUCCGAAUUCGAACCAUCCAAUUUGCCGCCCGAAUCAGUUGAUUGAUCGCCGCGGCUGCUAGGUUUGCCUCCCAUUUGCGGAUCCGAUUGAGCUUUCGCGGAGCUUCAACCACGGACCCAAUCAUGAAUCCCUUCUCGUCCGGCACGCGCCUGAGGGACAUGAUUCGGGCUAUACGUGCUUGCAAAACUGCAGCGGAGGAACGUGCUGUUGUUAGAAAAGAGUGUGCUGCUAUUCGUGCAUCCAUAAACGAAAAUGAUCAUGACUACAGGCAUCGUAACCUUGCUAAGCUCAUGUUCAUCCACAUGCUGGGUUAUCCCACACAUUUUGGUCAAAUGGAGUGCCUGAAAUUGAUUGCAUCUGCUGGUUUUCCUGAGAAGAGAAUAGGGUAUCUUGGCCUCAUGCUGCUUCUUGAUGAAAGACAAGAAGUUCUGAUGUUGGUCACAAACUCAUUGAAACAAGAUCUCAAUCACACCAACCAAUAUAUUGUGGGACUUGCUCUUUGUGCUCUGGGAAAUAUUUGUUCAGCUGAAAUGGCUCGUGAUCUUGCACCAGAAGUGGAAAGGUUGCUGCAAUUUCGAGAUCCAAAUAUCCGAAAAAAGGCAGCAUUGUGCUCUAUAAGGAUUAUAAGGAAAGUCCCUGAGCUGGCGGAAAAUUUCAUUAAUCCUGCUGCUACGUUACUUAAAGAAAAGCAUCAUGGUGUUUUAAUAACAGGGGUUCAACUUUGUACAGAUCUUUGUAAAGUCAGUGAAGAAGCCCUUGAAUAUUUCAGAAAGAAGUGCACCGAGGGCUUGGUAAAAACACUUAAGGAUGUAGUGAAUAGUCCAUAUGCCCCUGAGUAUGACAUUGCUGGGAUCGCAGAUCCUUUCCUGCAUAUUAGAUUGCUAAAGCUUUUACGUGUGUUGGGCCAAGGAGAUGCGGAUGCUAGUGAAUGUAUGAAUGACAUACUUGCCCAGGUGGCGACAAAAACCGAGUCAAACAAAAAUGCAGGAAAUGCAAUCCUAUAUGAAUGUGUUGAAACUAUCAUGAGCAUUGAAGAUAGUGGUGGCUUACGUGUGCUUGCCAUCAAUAUCUUGGGAAGAUUCUUAUCAAAUCGUGACAACAAUAUCAGAUAUGUUGCAUUAAACAUGCUGAUGAAGGCAAUUACAGUUGAUGCUCAAGCUGUGCAGAGGCAUCGGGCAACUAUCUUGGAAUGUGUAAAGGAUUCAGAUGCCUCAAUUCGGAAGAGGGCCCUUGAGCUUGUUUAUGUGCUUGUGAAUGAGAGCAAUGUGAAACCUCUAACAAAAGAGCUUAUUGACUAUUUGGAAGUAAGUGAUGAAGAAUUCAAGGGAGAUCUUACUGCAAAAAUUUGCUCCAUUGUUACAAAGUUUUCCCCCGAGAAGAUUUGGUACAUUGACCAGAUGCUUAAGGUUCUCUCUGAGGCUGGAAAUUUUGUAAAAGAUGAAGUAUGGCACGCACUUAUUGUUGUGAUUAGCAAUGCUUCUGAUCUCCAUGGAUAUACAGUUAGGGUGUUAUACCGAGCAUUCCAAUUAUCAGCUGAACAGGAAAGUCUUGUUCGAGUAGCAAUUUGGUGCAUUGGAGAAUACGGUGACAUGUUGGUUAACAAUGUUGGCAUGCUCGAUAUAGAGGACCCAAUAACAGUAACAGAGUCUGAUGCUGUGGAUGUUAUAGAGGUUGCAAUUAAGCAUCAUACCUCGGAUCUAACUACCAAAUCAAUGGGUUUGAUUGCUCUGUUGAAACUAUCUUCGCGUUUCCCAUCUUGUUCAGAGAGGAUCAAGGAUAUAGUUGUUCAAUACAAAGGAAGCCUUGUCCUUGAAUUGCAGCAAAGAUCCAUUGAAUUGAACUCUAUUAUUGCAAAGCAUCAGAACAUUAGAUCUACACUGGUUGAAAGGAUGCCAGUUUUGGAUGAGGCAACUUUCAUCGGAAAGAAGGCUGGUUCAAUGCAAUCUACUGUUUCUUCUCCUGUUGGUGCUUCAAUCAAUCUGCCAAAUGGAGUUGCCAAACCUUCUGCAGCUCCUCUUGUGGAUCUACUUGAUCUAGGUUCAGAUGAUGUGCCAGCACCUAGCUCCUCUGGUGGUGAUUUGCUUCAUGAUCUUCUUGGUGUUGAUUUGGCACCAGCUUCUAAACAAUCUGGUGUAAAUCAUUCUCUAAAUAAUAAUGGCACCGAUGUUCUACUGGAUCUCUUGUCUAUCGGUUCACCUACACAAAGCAGCUCAUCUCUACCAGAUAUGUUAUCCUCCAGUCAAGGAAACAAAACACCUGUUUCACCAUUAGGACUAGCAGCUCCAUCUUCAAAUUCAAUACAAGCCACUUCUUCUGCGGGAGCUGCCCCUGUGAUUGAUUUGUUGGAUGGCUUUGCUGCUAGCACCCCAAAACAUGAAAACAAUGGCACAGCUUAUCCAUCUGUAGUGGCAUUUGAAAGCAGCAACUUAAGGAUGGUUUUCAACUUCUCAAAGCAGCCUGGAAAUCCACAAACAACAGUGAUCGAGGCUACAUUCACAAAUUUGUCCGCUAAUGUCUAUACAGAUUUUAUUUUUCAGGCAGCUGUUCCAAAGUUUCUUCAAUUGCACUUAGAACCGGCUAGUAGCAAUACUUUGCCCGCAAGUGGUAAUGGGUCCGUCACACAAACUUUGAGAGUUACCAACAGCCAACUUGGAAAGAAAUCGCUUGUCAUGCGCAUACGGAUAGCUUACAAGAUGAACAACAAAGAUGUCUUGGAGGAAGGACAAAUCAGUAAAUUUCCGCCGGGUUUAUGAGGUUGAGUAGUUUGCACAGAUGGGUAAAGACAGAUUCAAACAGACCGUGAUGUCGGUGCAGUGUUUUCCUUAUGUUCAUUUGCUCGGUUUGGGGUUGGCAUGUUCUGUGGCAAUCGGGAAUGAUUUUUCCUCGGAGCGGGGUUUUAUCGAGUGGCUCGGUAAGUCGCCCGUUCCCAUCCCCUUGUAGGAGGUUUUAUGUACAUUAUUACAAAUUAUUCCUGUACGAAAUUGUGGGAAUUAAAUUUUGCUUCUGAUGCACGAGAGGAGGGAGCUGUAGUAUCUUACGUCGAGAUUUUGUGGUGCUGUUCCUACUUGCAUUUUUUUUAGUUUGGAUUUGCUCUCUAUUAGCGUUAUUGUUUGAGAUCAUAUAUUUCUUUUUAACAACAGUCGGUUUAUAUAUUAUAUAUAUCGCUUUAAAUGUAACAAUUUUAAACGAUGAUAUUAAUGAAAGCUGAUUUUGCUUCUUGUUUC